UAAGUUAUGUACGGCAUCGUUUAAAAUAACCUGAUCCUUUUCUUUCUUUGCCCAGAAUUAUUAUGGACUCCUCCGUCGCAUAGAAAUUGCAGUCAUCUCCUUCUGCCAUAAUUUUUUAACACUUCAUUUUCAUAUAUAAACAAAAAUCAGUACCUUCAUCCUAUUAUUUUUAUUUUCCUUCUCUUCCCCACUCUUUUCCCCGAGAAAAUCCCUUUUUUCUACCACACCAAACAAAAACAAAAUUUUCAAACACGCAGAGUUUAAACCCAGAAAAAGCUUAUAAAAGAACAGGAACCAACAUCCCCACAAGAAAAAGAACCCAAAUAUUAAAAUCUCUCAAGAACUCUUUGACCAUUCUGAUUUCUAGGGUUUCUUUUUGUUUGAUUAGAUGGCAACUCAAGGGCAGGCUUUUAUUGACCCUGCCGUACUGGAUGAUAUAAUUAAACGGUUAACGGAGGUCCGGUCAGCAAGGCCAGGUAAGCAAGUGCAGCUAUCAGAGGCAGAGAUCAAGCAGUUAUGUGUUGCUUCUAGAGAUAUCUUCAUGCAACAACCUAAUUUGUUAGAGCUUGAAGCACCCAUUAAGAUUUGCGGUGAUAUUCACGGGCAAUAUAGUGAUCUAUUAAGGCUUUUUGAAUAUGGAGGUUUUCCUCCUGAGGCAAAUUACUUAUUUUUAGGGGAUUACGUUGAUCGUGGCAAGCAGAGUUUGGAAACUAUCUGCCUUUUGCUAGCUUAUAAGAUUAAAUAUCCUGAGAACUUUUUUCUUCUGAGAGGAAACCAUGAAUGUGCUUCAAUAAAUCGGAUAUAUGGAUUUUAUGAUGAAUGUAAGCGGAGGUUUAAUGUGAGGCUUUGGAAAUCCUUUACUGACUGUUUCAACUGCCUUCCUGUUGCGGCUCUUAUAGAUGAUAAAAUAUUGUGCAUGCAUGGUGGUCUUUCCCCUGAUUUGACAAACUUGGAUCAGAUCAGGAGUUUGCCUCGGCCAGUUGCUAUUCCAGACACUGGUUUACUAUGUGACUUGUUGUGGUCGGAUCCUGGGAGAGAUGUUAAGGGAUGGGGAAUGAAUGACCGAGGAGUUUCAUAUACUUUUGGUCCUGAUAAGGUGUCAGAGUUCCUGGCAAAGCAUGAUUUAGAUCUUGUUUGUCGUGCACAUCAGGUUGUGGAGGAUGGGUAUGAAUUCUUUGCAGACAGGCAACUUGUCACUAUUUUCUCAGCUCCCAACUAUUGUGGUGAGUUUGAUAAUGCUGGUGCUAUGAUGAGCAUAGAUGAAAAUCUGAUGUGCUCCUUUCAGAUUCUAAAGCCUGCCGAAAAAAAAGCUAAAUAUAUGAUGCCAAACAAAAUAUGAUAGCUGCAGCAUGCUUGAUCCCCAGUCUUUACUCAGGGAAACUGGCUGAACCUGAAGAUUGCCAGUUAGGAGUCUUCUAACUUAGAAGAUGCGGGGGUGCUUGUUUAUGCUUAUUCCCUGGUUGUUGGGGUAAAGUUUCUACAAAGUCCUAUCUGGAAGUUGAUGCUGCAUGGUGUACCAAAUGCCAGAAUUCAGUUUUUUUUUUCUUUGCCCAUUUUAGUCUCUUUUACCUUUUUUUCUCCUGGUAGUUCUUAAAUGGUGUCCUUCUGUACAUAAUUUUAACAUGGUAAUUCAAAUGUGUUUUUGGGUUUGGGCACCUCAAAGGUUGCUACAUUCACCACCCCAAAAUGGCUUCUUAUUUCUUUGUUUUUUUUAAUAGAUUCUGGUGCUUGUAUUGUCGCUUGGGCAUAUUUCUCAUGUUAGAGAUGCUUAUUUUAAUUUUGGGUAUUGGUUAA